AUGAUGCUCGUUUCCGCUCAAAUCACCGUCAUCAUUGUCGCCCUUUUUGGUUCUGUCGGUUCUCAAUGUACGGACGGUUCCGGAAAAUGCUCUGCAUGGAAUGGAAACGGAUUUUGCAGCUCAAGCUACUAUUCGACCGCGAAGAAAGUUGAAUAUUGUGCCGCAACGUGCGGUCUGUGCAGUCUUGUCAGCAGUACCGUAGCCACAACCACUACGAAUUGCUCGACCGAUGCGUAUCCUACUUUGUGCGCUAAAUGGGUGGCAAGCGGCUUUUGCACCAAUUCUUUCUACACAACAGCUCAACGAGCUCAAUUUUGCUGUGCUUCGUGCGGAAUUUCCUCGUCAACGACCUGCUCUGACACGAACGUAAACUGUGCCCAAUGGGUGGCCGAUGGUUUCUGCACAAACACCGCCUACAACUCUACGACUCGUGCUCUACACUGCGCGUCAUCAUGCAACUUGUGCAGCACAUCGACAGGAUCAACGACAACAACGACAACGAGUACAACCACCACUACAACAACUACCACCACCACCACCACCACCACAACAACAACAACAACCCCAGCCCCC